AUGGUCGAGGGGAAAAGUGUUCAAGUUGACGUCGAGAAAGGACUUAAUCAAAUGCCUAAUGAUAGCAAUUCAACUAGCCCUGCAACUAUGCAGAAGAUGAAACCUGAUAUGGAUGAUUCUGGGAGAAGAACUGAAUCACCAACUCCAGAGAAGCCUGAGUCUGGAAGGGAGGAGAUUGUUGUCAGCUCAUUGGCAACUAAUUUACUUUCAGAGAGGUACAAGGACAGAUUAGCUGAGAAGCUGUUGGGAAAUGAGGAUGAAACAGACGAUGAAGAUGAUAAUGAAUUUGCUUUGCCUGAUGGCAGCCAAUCUCCAGUUUCAAAUGAACUUCUUGAGAAACACAAGAAUUUGCUUACUCUUUUCAACCGGAUGGAGAGUUCUAUAAGGUUGCUGCGCCUGAGGAAGAAGAUGACUACAUUUACCAACAUUGCAACCCAGGUGGAAGUACUCACUAAGAGAAAGUUCUUGUACUCUCAUUUGGCCCAGAUGAAGCAUUUAUUCCCAGAAGCAAUCCAGAUAAAUAGGAUACUCUUGCAUGAUCAGAAAAGCCUAUGCAUGUAUGCUGACAUGGAAAUUACACUUCUGAAGGACGCUGUGGAAUGUAGUAAUCCUCAAGAGUCUCCAGCCAUUGCAAUUUGUGAGGCUUUUCGCUCAAAGCUUUUAUGCUUCUUGGGAUCUCAUCAUAAGGAUAUCGAUGUUCCUGAGGCCACACUACCAGAACCCUUUAAUUUAAGGGAGGGGCUAUAUCUUGAUGCACUGCAUAAUGGCCAUUCUGCUGAAGGAGUUCUUGAAUUUUCCUCGGAAAAUGGAUUUUCAAAUGCUUCUCACUUCCCACAAUCUUUUCAAAAACUUAUGUCCCAGAAGAGUAUUACUAAAGUUACUGAAAAGACUCGACUACUUUCUGAUCCAGUAGAAGUGACCUCCCUGGGUGCUGAUGAUACCGGAGGUCCAGAUAGAAGCUCUAACAAGCAUGUCUCGGUUCCAGUCAGUACCAAUAUUUCUGAUACUCCAAGCCGCCGUUUGAUCUCUUUCUGUGAAAACAGUACACCAAAGCAAGGCAUCUCAAAUUCACCAUCGAUGGCUGAAACACCGGCAAUGCAGACACCAAAAAGGCCAUUGCCCACUCUAGUUGCGAAACAUGAAACCUCAAGUAGACCUGGCUCUGAACCACGAUCUACCAAUUCAGCCCGCAGAUCACUAAUAAUGUUCUCACCAUCAAAGUUUGAUGAAAGCCCUUCUGAUCAUGGUCCUGACACUUCAAAACUUGACAAGGAUGGGGUGACUUCAAAACUUGACAAGGAUGGGGUGACUUCUAUCACAGAACCUGAGGUUACAACUGGAAAAUGCCUUUUCCCAGAAGAAGCAUUUACUUUUACCGUGGAAAAUGAUAACAAAACCAAUCAAGUAUCCUCAAUGAAUUCCCAGGAAAAGCUAGAUUCUUUACGUGUCACAUUCGACAUAGUCUGUGGUAUCUCUGGAUCAACCAAGAAUUCACUAAUCACUAAACAGGAACUCUUUCACAAUAUUCUUGCUAAUAACUUGGAGAUAGAAGAGACAGGAGAGAUAGAAGAACAGUUGCAUAUCUUAGAAGAUCUCUCUCCUGAUUGGAUAUCAAAGGAGCUACGUGGUGGAGAAAUUCUUUACAGCAUUAAGCAAAUAACAGAUCAGAAGUCAGUUCGGGAAAGACUCACAGAAGUCAUUUGA